AUGUUUGAUUUGCUUUCGUACAGCUUAGUGGCUCUGAGCGGCCUAUUUGCUGCCUCGAUCAGCCUAGGUCUAAUUGCAUCGGAGCUCUGUUUCUUUGUACUUUCCCCGUUUGGAAAACGCGCAAUUGCUAAAUCACGUUCACUUAAAGCCGAAUUGUACAGGUCUGCAGGCGUGAAUACGCAGACAGCCCGUGUCAUUGGCUUCUUUCAUCCCUACUGCAACGCUGGAGGCGGCGGAGAACGCGUUUUAUGGACUGCAAUUCGUGCUAUUCAGAACCGGUAUCCUGAUUGUGUCUGUGUUAUUUACACAGGCGACAAUGACGCGUCGGAUGAAGAUAUACUGAAAAGAGCAAAGAAUACGUUUGGUAUUGAACUGGAUGCACGCAAGAUUUGCGUUGUUCACUUGAGAUUACGCUUCCUUGUGAGCGCGAAAACUUGGCCUCGCUUUACAUUGCUCGGUCAGUCCAUCGGCAGUAUUUUCCUUGGCCUGGAGGCCGUUUACAAUUUUGCUCCAGACAUUUUCAUUGAUACAAUGGGUUAUGCAUUCACUUUUCCGUUUGUGUCGAAGGCUCUUCACAUUCCCAUCGGUGCCUAUGUCCAUUACCCGACCAUUUCUCGCGACAUGUUGCAGUCCAUCAAGUCCAAAAGCUUUGUAGCUCGUGUCAAGUUGAUGUACUGGCGCUGGUUUGCUGGUCUGUACAAGCGAGUCGGCCGUAAUGCUACUUUUGUCAUGACCAACUCUUCAUGGACCCAAACUCACAUCACUCAGCUGUGGAGUGUUGGCAAACGUGUCAGUGUCGUCUACCCCCCUUGCAACACGGCCGCCUUAGAGAAGCUUGAUGUGACAAAACACCGUGCGCCUGUCUUGUUGUACUUGGCUCAGUAUCGUCCAGAGAAGAACCAUCGUCUGCUGCUGGAAAGCUUUUCAAAGUAUGUAAAACAGUACGACGACAAGACAGCCUCUUUGUUGCUUGUGGGCAGUGUUCGAGGUGAGCAAGAUCGUGUAUUCCUUAAUGGUCUUAAAGACUAUGCUCAGGCCCUCAAAAUUGGCGACCGCGUUACCUUUGAAGUGGACGCCCCUUGGCCGAACGUGGUCAAGCAUUUGCAAGAGUGCUCCGUCGGCGUCAACUGCAUGUGGAACGAACACUUUGGAAUUGGUGUCGUUGAAUACAUGGCCGCUGGUCUGAUCCCUGUGGUCAACAACUCGGGUGGACCUAAGUGUGACAUUGUUGUCCCAUGGAUUGGCAAGCCUACUGGAUUCCACGCGUCCACUGUCGGCGAGUAUGCGGAUGCUAUUCAUCAGGCCUUAUCGUUGACGCCUGAGGAAGAGCAAGACAUGCGUAUGCGUGCCCGUAUGGCCUGUGCCCGUUUCGGUGAAGACGUCUUUGAUCGUGGAUUCCUCGAUGUCUUCUCCAAGCUGUUAACUAAGAGUUAUGGGUCCGCUUAA